UGUUACUCCUAUAAAAAGAGCAAGUCUUCCUUCCACUGCUUCUGAGUUCUGAUUCUUAAUUAAUUUCUUUUCACACUUCGCAAUUAAUUUCCACCCUUUUGGUGCCCUCACACAUGGGACAUGGCCUAUGAUCCACAUAAACACCAAACCAAAUUUAUACUAUAAUAUAUAUUUAACAAUCACACGCCACAAAUUUUAAUCACAUAUUCUAUAAAAGUCCAAUGAUCGUCUUUUUCUAGCUAUCUUAAUCACUUUUCCAACAAUACAAGAAACUAUCAAACAAAUAUUAUCUUUCCCCUUAUAAGUUGUACAUCACUUGGUUUAUUUUUUCUUGAUUUAUUAAUUAGUCUCACUUUGCUUUAUUCAUUUCUCUCUUCCAUACACACCAUCACCAUUUUAUUAACAAAGUAAUGGAUAUAUUCCGCAAAGCCAAGGCUGUAAGAUUCAAGAGUCAUCUGGACAAGUACCUAGUUGCAGAUGAUGAUCAAGAAAACACUCGUCAGAGCCGCAACGGCUCGUCGAAAAAAUCACGGUGGCUGGUGGAACUUGUCGAAGGAAGCAACCACCUUAUCAAACUCAAGAGUUGUCAUGGCAAGUACCUCUUGGCUUCUGAUAUUGCAUUUCUUCUUGGCAUGACGGGAAACAAGGUUACUCAGACUUCACCUGAAAAUACGAACGACUUGAGAAUUGAAUGGGAACCAAUAAGGGAUGGAUUUCAAGUGAAGUUAAAGGCUUUUGGUGGAAGAUAUUUACGUGCAAAUGGAGGGACACCACCUUGGAGAAAUUCUGUCACACAUGAUAGUCCUCACACUGCGUCUACACAUAAUUGGAUUUUAUGGAACGUGGAAACUGUUGAUAUACCGGAAAAUGAAAUGUUGACGGAUUAUUUAUCGAUGGUUUCGAGCUUUUCGUCGGUUUCCGAUGAACUUUCCGGCUUGGAUAUGGGAUCUCCGGUCAUGAGUACACGUUCAAGCUUCUCUUCCUCGCCAAAGAUAGCAAAGGUAUGUGGAGGAAAAGAAAUAAUAGGAGAAGAAUCAGAUGUAGGAGAAGGAGAAGGAGAAGGAGGUGAAGGAAUAUGGGAAUCUGGAGAUGUGGAAAUAGCAGGAGUAGGGGAAGAUGAAGAAGAGGAGGAAAAGUCUACAAAUUCAGACAUGGAAGAGGAGGAAAAAGUAGAAGGUGGAUCAGACUUAUAG